UCUCUCUCUCUCUCAUACACCUCUUCCAACCUAGAUCGAGCACACAACAAGCAUCAACAGACAGAUCAAACCGUAUAUCUCGCUGACUGUAGCUCCCACAUCUCCAUCAUGUCGGACAACAACUACGAUGAUGACCUGUACGGCGAUCUCGUCGACGAUCUCGAUACGGAAGAACUUGUAGAUCCCGAUGCGGAGAUACAUCAAGGACAGACAUCAAAUGAGAACAAGAUCGACGUCAAGACAGACGUACAAGAUAACAAGCCGACCUCGUCUCAGUUGGCGUCUACUGCAGUUCCCGCCGCCGUACCGGCCGGUCAGAAUUAUCAGACUGGAGGAGGGGCCGGACCAAGCUCUGGUCCUGCGUUCAACAUGGGUCAAGGUAUGGGAGGAAGCGGCAGUGAUACGGAUAGGAUCAAAUCUAAUGAUGCGCCUGAUGAGGGCAAAAUGUUCAUUGGAGGUCUGAACUGGGAAACCACGGACGACGGACUCAAAGAGUACAUGAGUCAAUAUGGAGAAGUUGAAGCCUGUACCAUCAUGCGCGAUCCCACCGGUCGAUCGAGAGGAUUCGCGUUUUUGACUUACAAGGACCCAUCUAGCGUGAACCAGGUCAUGGGCAUGACACACCACCUCGAUGGCAAGCAGAUUGAUCCCAAGCGAGCGAUACCUCGUGCGGAGCAUGAACGAACGGCCAAAGUUUUCGUCGGCGGUCUCGCUGCCUCUGUCACUUCAGAGUCUCUGAAAGCAUUCUUGGGACAAUUCGGUACAGUCAUGGAUGCGACUGUCAUGUACGACCGCGAGACAGAUAGAUCCAAGGGAUUUGCGUUCGCCACAUUCGCAGAUGAAGAAGCCGUUGGUGUAGCUAUGGCUGCGAGCGGCAUCGAACUGGAGGGCAAGCCUAUCGAAAUUAAGAAGGCUCAACCUCGGGGAUCUGGCAACUUGCCUGGCAAAUUCUCCACCAAUAACCGAUUCCAAGGCGGUGGGAACAUGGGAGGUUUCAACGGUGGAGGUAAUAUGGGCGGGGGCAUGAAUGCUGGAGGCGGUGGUUUCGAUCCGAUGGCCAUGGCUAUGAUGUACCAGAAUAUGGUCAAAGGGUCGGCGAUGGGUAACAUGGGCAUGGGAGGGAGCUUUGAUCCCAAUGCGAUGGCUAUGAUGUAUCAGAACAUGAUGAAGAACAUGGGAGGAAUGGGCAACGCACCCGCCAUCAAUCCUAACAUGGCGGCUAACAUGAUGCGCAAUAAUAUGGGCAUGGGUGGAAUGGGCAUGAACAAUAUGAUGGGAAUGGGCAUGAACAACAUGGGCGGAAUGGGCAUGAACGGUAUGGGUGGAGGUAUGAAUAUGAUGGGGGGACAGGGAUUCAACGGUCAAAUGAUGAACAGGCCAAUGGGCAACAACGGUCGACCAAUCCCGAAUGCUCCUCGUGGUCCAGCCGCGAUGCGAAAUGGUCAAGGUCAGACCGGAGGAGGCGGGACGACGCCAACGGGCGGAGCAGCCGGUGGUCAAGGCCAGGGCGCUCAAGGUCCAGGAGCCCAGCGAUAUUCGACUCAAGGUCAACAGAGAGCCAGGCCAUACUAGGGUUAGAUGAUCCGCCUGCUCCAGAUUGGCCGCCACGACACAGAUGUAGAUGUAUUGUUUCAUGUCCAAAAUCCCGUAUUCGACAUAUACACAUGUAGGAUGUAUUGCACAAGUCACAUUACG